AUGGCAUCCCUUUUUAGUAUCAGCCUCGUGGCAAAAAAUCUUAUUAAAGCCAAUAUUAAACAAUCAACUCUUAGAUUAAAUAAUUUCACUUGUCGCAACAUUCUUCGUGGAAUUAAUUCUUCUAAUUCUAACUUUUCAUCAAUUAUUAAUUUAUCUUCACGUUCAUUUUCAUUUAUCACGAAAUCAAAUUGCGAUACCACCAAAUUUUCUUUGACUUCAAAUAUUAUAAAACCUACCGUCAUUAAUUUUAAACGUGGUUUGGCAACUGUAACAGAAAAUACGGAAAAUGCUGACUCUGAAACGGAUACUGUCGAAAUUGAAGCACCUAAAGAAGUACAAGAAAAAGUAGAAAAGACUAGACAAUACGUAGUUGACAAUUAUAUCGCAAAAAUUAAUUACGAAUUAUUAGAAGAUUUUCCCAAGUGGCUUGAAGGAUUAGGAAUGAAAGCUAUGGCACCACACUUUGAAGGAAAAAAAUGGAAUGAUAUCAUUGAAUUAAGUUGGGAAGAUUUAGAAUCAUUGGGAGUUAAGUCUAGAGGAAUUAGAACUAGAUUGAUAAGAUUUUUCUGGAAAGUUAAACGUGAUAUGGCCGCUAAAAAUGGAGUCGAGUUACCUCCCAAGGAAAGAGCCUCUAGAGAUAAUUCUUCAGAAUCUGAAGAUUCUCCUAGUAGAAAACCUUUUGAAAUUGACUAUAAAUUAAUGGAAGAUGAGGAAUGUUGGUUACAUUCAUUUGGACGUUCCUACGGGCUUUUGUAUCCUUAUUUUCAAGGUAGAAAAUGGCAACAAAUGCUUGAAAUGACAGAUGAUGAUCUGAAGGCUCUUGGAAUAACAAAUAAAACUGUAAGAAAGGCGUUAACCCAAAACUUUAGAAGACACAAAAAUGCUAUUAAUGCAGAGAAAGGAAUUCCAACAGAAAAUACUCCGAAUCAAACUAAAGAAUAUAGUAUUUAA